UCGGCACUUCCGGGACUGCGGGGACCUUUCACGGCACAGAGGGACGGCAGCGAGAAAAAGGCUCAUCGGUCCCUAAUAUCAAAAUUCCCCAGGCCGCCGUCUUCUCCGCUGCCUGGUCGCGGCUACCGAAGGGAGGUCCUGAGGUGUUUAUACCCGAAACUGAGGGAAUCCGCCGCAGACACCGCGCUAGUGAACGCCUUCAGAAACCCCAAUGUGGACGGCUGCAGCAGCCAAUCCCCCGGCGCGGUCGCAGUGACGGGCAGCAGCAGCGCCCGCCCUCAUCCCAUAAGCGUGGGGACCAGUUGAGCGGCAGCGGUGCACACUGUCUGGGUUGUCCCUCCAACCCCCCCCCUCCCCCACUGCAAGCUAUGGAACACCCCCGGGAGAAGGAGUCGGAGCGGGCGGGUCGCAGCAGCAAGGGGGCGGCGCAGGGGCGGAGCAGCCACACCCGCCCGUCGGGUUUCUCCAGCUCCUCGGGGGUCCUCAUGGUGGGGCCCAACUUCCGCGUGGGCAAGAAGAUCGGCUGUGGAAACUUUGGCGAGCUGAAGCUGGGUAAAAACCUCUACACCAACGAGUACGUGGCUAUCAAACUGGAACCAAUAAAAUCGAGGGCACCACAGCUACAUUUGGAGUACCGUUUCUACAAAACGUUGGGAAGUACAGCUGAAGGACUACCCCAAGUGUUCUACUUCGGCCCAUGUGGAAAGUACAAUGCCAUGGUUCUGGAGCUGCUGGGGCCGAGCCUGGAGGACCUGUUCGACCUGUGUGACCGCACCUUUUCCCUCAAGACCGUCCUCAUGAUCGCCGUCCAGCUGAUCUCACGCAUGGAGUAUGUGCACUCCAAGAACCUCAUCUACCGGGACGUGAAGCCAGAGAACUUCCUCAUCGGCCGGCAGGGCAACAAGAAGGAACACAUCAUCCACAUCAUCGACUUCGGCCUGGCCAAGGAGUACAUCGACCCUGAGACCAAAAAACACAUCCCCUACCGGGAGCACAAGAGCCUCACCGGGACGGCGAGAUACAUGUCCAUCAAUACGCACCUGGGGAAAGAGCAAAGCCGGCGAGAUGACCUGGAGGCACUGGGUCACAUGUUCAUGUACUUCCUGCGGGGGAGUCUACCCUGGCAAGGGCUCAAGGCGGACACUCUGAAGGAGCGAUACCAGAAAAUUGGGGAUACCAAACGCAACACUCCCAUUGAGGUCCUCUGCGAGAACUUCCCGGAGGAGAUGGCUACCUACCUGCGCUAUGUAAGGCGGCUCGACUUCUUUGAGAAGCCCGACUACGAUUACCUGAGGACCUUGUUCAUGGAGCUGUUUGAGAGGAAGGGAUACACCUUCGACUACACUUACGAUUGGGUCGGCAGGCAGAUUCCUACGCCGGUGGGGUCCUCUCACAUGGACUCUGGGGCAUCAGCCAUCACGAGGGACAGUCACACCCACAGAGAGCGGCCCUCUCAGCACCAGCCCCAGCGGCAUCAGCAGACGACCGCUUCUGACCGCAGAGGAGCAUGGGAAGCUCAGCCAAAUCGCCAGACAAACUCAUCCUAUCUGAGCCACUUGGCAGCAGACAGGCAUGGUGGAUCAGUGCAGGUGGUCAGCUCAACCAAUGGGGAGCUGAAUGCAGAUGACCCACUGGCGGCCCACUCCAAUGCACCAAUCACAGCCCAGGCCGAAGUAGAAGUGGUGGAUGAGGCCAACUGCGUGAAAAUGCUGAACCUGUGGUGUUGCUGCUUCUUUAAGAGGAAACGGAAGAAGAAUGCCCCAAGACACAAAUGACCCCCGGCCCCCCCCCACCCCAGCCGUUCCACAGGCUUCCCUUUGGUUGUUUUUGGUUUCUGAGGAGCUUGAAUAAUAGAACUGAGGCAGAGAUGAAGAACAUGGGAGGAUGCUUCUGAUUGGUUGCUGCAGUAGGAGCAACCCCCCCCCCCCAAUCCCAACCUGCUAAAUGGUGGUCCUCCAAGCCUUGGAACCAGACAACCAUGUUGAGAGACACAGCCCUCCAAGUGGAACAGAGAGGAGCUGGGAGAUCCUCCAGCAGCAAUGGGCGUCUCGACAUUCCCUCCCCAACAACCCUACCCACGUGAAAUGCGCAACAUACUCUGCUAACUGGCCCUCUCCUUACCAGAGACCAGUGACAGCACAGUUCCUCCAGCUUUUACUGGGGCAGGCCUCCUGGUCACCUUCCACUGCUGUAAAGCCAGAAACAACGCAGCAUUCAGCCUGAGCGGCCCUGGGUCUCACAGAAGGGCCUCUCGCUCCUGCAUCAUUUCGGCUCUGCCUUUCGCUGCGCUGGUUCAGGACUCUCUCACUCACAGUGCCAAGGCACAGCCUGAUCUGUCCUUUUGCCCUUCAUGGCUGCCUUUUGUCCAGCAACAUAAGAUGGAAAUGUCCACCUUUAGAUGCUGCUGCUCACUCGUGCUUUGCUGUUGGCCUCGGGUGGCACCAAGGGGUGACGGCUUACCUGGACCGAGUCUCUCCUGCAGGACUGGCAGCGAUGCUCUUUGCUUCUCCCGUUUGUCGCAGCUAGCUUUGUGAGGACAGAACGACGCUCUGCCAAGGCCUGUGUCAAUGUCUUCAGUCUUGUGAAGACUGGAGCCAUGGCUACAACUGAGGAUUUGGAGAGUAUCUAUCCUGUUCUUGUUGCCUUUCACCAACAGCAGCCCCUGACCUCUUAGUUCUAGCAAGAAGGCAGUAGAGGACCAAUGCCAUGGCAGGUGUGUCCUGUAGGGCGGGCGACACAGAAUGAACAGCUGGAGACAAAUGGAGAGCAAAGAAGGUACUUGCAGAUUUUUUUAAAAAACGCCAUCCUGUUCAUUGUUGGCCUAUUCCCACUGGGACACUAUUCAGCUGCUUAUUGACAAACACCUUUUUAUGCUCCUGCCCUGACCUGCUGAAUCCUGCAUUUUGACAGAUGUAUCGCUCCUAGGAACAGAACCACCCCUUUUGUCCUGCAUAGGACAGGACUUCGUGUCCUUGAAUGUUGAGUGUUGUCGUGGCAUCGUCAACCAGGUUCGAAAGGAGCCAUUCCCCCCGCACAAACACCAGCAGCACAUUACGGCCUGCAUUUAAAACAGAAAUUCAACAGACAUUUGCCCAACUGAGUGCCCCAAGGCAGAAACUCCUUCAGUGAAGGAUCAGCCCUCACUGGGAAGGCUUACCUCCCUUUUUGACAGUUGAUUGAGGAUGUUGAAGGACGCUGUGUGUGGUUUAUCAAGGUCCGUAUUAUCAGCUGAAGGUGGUGUACAUUGUAAUAGGUCAGUUAAAAUACUGGAGACCCAUGGCAUUGUUCUGUGGGAAAGUUUCUCAUGGGAGAUUGUUCUUCUCGGGUUUUAGGAAAAUGGAAUUUAGACUUCCAAACCCUUAAGGUAAGCUUGACUUCUCCAGUGCCAUUCCUUGGCCUUAUUGAUGCUUUAGGCUGGUUCAUUCGAUGCUCUGGGUAGUAUAACAGGGAUUGUUGGUGAGCAUGUCCUGGGCUCUCCUGAUUUGUAUCCGCUUAUCGAAUCAGUGAUCUACACUCCUGAGAAGGCAUCAUAAGCUGGCUGAGUGUUUGUGGUGGCUGAGGGAGGCAAGGAGCAAGGGGACUGGGCUCUCUCCCAAAAACACAGGCCACAUCCUGCAAACUCUACUGUCAGAUGCCUUAACCCGUCCAUCCCUUUGCAAAAUCCAGCAGGGGGCGCUGGCUCAUGGCACCAGCCCCCACCUAGACCUCCUCAGCUCUCAAACAUUUAAAGCCAACACCACCAAAUCUAGCGUGUCCCCAACAUUAAAGGGGAAAUUCCUUUUUUUUUUUUUUUUUGCAGAACUUUUUUGAUUGAUUCCUCCUGUUUUCUUUUCUAAGUUGCCUUUUAUAUUUUUUUUCCCCCGUUCUGUUGCCAUGCUACAACUCUUCAGAUUCCAAGGGGCUGUAGACGAGCAAAUGUGGGAAAAUCCUUUUUUUAUUCCGUAUUUGCCCUCCCUCCGAAAGAGGAUUUGUUUUGGAUGAAGGUAAAAUUAGUUAAAAGUGAUAAUGUUGCCUUUUUCAGUCAAUGCCUGCGUGCAGCAUUAAUUGGGGUUGUCAUAUUUCAUUUAAUUCCCUUUUACUAAAUGUGAAUUGAAAAAUGUAAAUACUUUUUUAUGCCAUGCUUUGAUCUGGGAAGUGCAGGAAACAGCUGGUGGAUCUGAUUGCACUGUGUUCCCCGUUUACCUGCCGUGCGAUCCUGGUCUUGUGCUACACUGUACCUGUACUCAUGAAAUGUGAGUCGUCACUUGUAUCUCUCAGAGCAACAGAAGAUGAAAACAAAAGACUAAUGGACAAUGGGUUUUCUAUUAUUUAUGGAAUUUUAUCAAUGUACCAAAAUCCUCCUUUUUGUUUGCAUUCCAUCACAAUCCUUAAGUGCGUGUGUGUGUGCAUGUGUGUAACUUUUGUUUAUACUUUUUAUUAUUUAUACUUUAGCUGAAUAUACAAAAUAAACACUAGUCUAUUAA